AUGCAUUUGCGUACGACUGCCGUAUUGUGCGUCCUGGCGGGUCAGGCUCUGAGCACAUACACCUGGCCAUCCAAAUACGACGACCUUGAAGACAUUUUGGCCAUGCACUCUGGAUAUAGGAGAUUCGGCUUCUCAGACUUGGUAGUACCGUGCAGCUUUGGAUCGAAUUCGCCAGGUAUACAAAACUCGGCAGAAUGGAUGCGCUCAGUCUUCCACGACAUGGCAACAUAUGAUGCAUCCACGGGAACUGGUGGGCUGGACGCCUCGCUUCAAUUCGAGCUCGACAGGGCCGAGAAUAAGGGAUCAGCAUUCAACAACACUUUUGCCGCCAUGAACGAUUUCGUCACGCCUAGAACUUCUGUAUCUGAUCUUCUCGCUCUGAGUCUGGUCGCCGCGUUGGCAGCGUGUGAUGGACCGAAAAUUCCUCUUCGUGCAGGCCGUAUUGAUGCCACAGAAGCUGGGCCGGCUGGUGUACCGGAGCCGACCGAUGACCUCGAAGCUACGCGCGACAAGUUUCGCAAGGGUGGUUUCAAUGAUGAAGAUAUGAUCGCCAUGGUCGCCUGUGGCCACAGUCUCGGUAACAUUCACAGCGUUGACUUUCCGGAAAUCGUCCCAGGCGAAGCAACUGAUCUAAAUGUCGGCCAUUUCGAUUCGACUUCCUCAGAAUUCGACAACAAGGUGAUCACAGAGUAUCUCGAGAAUGAUACAGCAAACCUGCUGAUCGUGGGAGCCAAUGACACCUUCAACUCGGACAAGCGCGUCUUCAACGCCGACGGAAACGUUACCAUGACCUCUCUCGCUGAUCCUGCCAGCUUCCAGGAGAAAUGCGCCAACAUUUUUGAGCGCAUGAUCAAUACCGUCCCAUCCACAGUGACUCUCAGCGAGCCAAUCGAGAUCCUGGACGUAAAGCCCUACGUCAACCCGCUGCGUCUGCAAGAGGAUGGUACAAUCCUGUUUGAAGGCUCAAUCCGGGUUCGCAACAAUGCAGACAGGCAGCUCAAUGGCGACGAUCUCGAGGUGUUUCUGAACUACCGGGACCGCUCCGGCGCCAACGUCACCGAGCCCAUCACUGCCGUCCGGGCUCGGCUCAAGGGCGGACAGUCCUACGGGUUCUGGAACAAUGUGUUUACAUGGUUCGAGUUCUCUGUUUCUCUCGACGCUAGCACAGCCAUUAGCAGCUUCGAUAUUCAUCUCACCACUCCCUCGACUGGAGCGUCACUUCUGCUGGACAAUGAAGGUACCGGGGGUUAUGCCGUGACGUCGGAUUUGUUGUAUCAGCAAACUGCCUCCUGUCUGGCUUUCAAUGAUAUGGCAGCCGCACUAUCGGUGACAGCGGCACUGCGCAAGGAGCUGGUUGAUACAAACAGUCCGCCUCUUCUGCAGCUUUCGCAUCGUGUUACUCAGCCCGGAGUGAUGCUGCCAAAGCUGGAGCUCGAGACAAUUCCGUUUCAGAUGAGCUCCGACAGGGAAACAAGCGGUUACCUAUACUUCCAGGCCAAUGCGACAUUGACUGGGGGCUGGAGUACAACUUUUGACAUUGAGACACAACCCGGUGGGGACGAAAAUGGACUUAGAAUAGAGCUUCUAAAGACAAAUAGUCUUUCGGCGACCUGUGGGCCGUAG